AUGACAGUGAAUCGCGGAGCUCGUGGCCUUGUCGCUAUUACCGGUGCAAAUGGCACAAUCGGCUACGCGUGCGUCGUGUACGCACUGCAGACUGGCUAUCGAGUACGCUGUAUCGUGCGCCGUUCCGCCGCCAUUGACUUCAUCAAAUCCGGGCCCUCGGUCCAGCCAUACCUUGACCUGGUCGAAUACGCUGUCGUGCCAAACAAUGCUGCUGAAGGAGCUUACGACGAAGCUGUUGCAGGUGCCGAUUAUGUUGUGCACAUAGCAGGAGCAUGGCCGAUGCCAAAUCUGGAUCCCGACAAGGACAUCUACUGGCCGUACAUCAACUCUACCAAGGGCUUGAUUGAAGCUGGGAACAAGUCACAGACGGUGAAGAGAAUGGUUUUCACGCAAGCCGGGGCUGGUCUCGUUGACUCGGAAGACGGAGAUACCUUAGGCAGGCGUAUGGAUCGCGUUCUAAACGAGCAGGUCCAAGUCUCGCAAACGUCUCUCGAAUACCGACCCCCUCUAAAGUCUCCUCACAACGCAUAUUGCUCCGCAAAAGCUCAAUGCAUGACCAACCUUGCCCACCUUCAAGCUUCCCACAAGCUCCCCUUCUCUAUCGCGCAAAUCAUACCAGGCACCGUCAUCGGGCCUUCGGAAUUCUGCACAACGUCUGAGCAAGCCCUCGCACAUGUGGAUCGACAAAGCAAGGCGUUGCUCUUCGAUGACAUGACACCACGAUAUGCAUUCGGCUUCAUACACGUAGAGGACUGCGCUCGGAUUCACAUUGAGGCGCUAGAUGAGAGAAUCAGGAGCGAAGACUUGCCUACGUGGUAUGUCGCUGCUGGCACGGUAGAACCGGGUAUAGAUGGAGAAAAGCUAUGGAACGACGCGGCAGACAUGAUUGAACUUGACUUCGGAAACGAAGUCAAGACAGGAGCCUUCAGAGUGGGACGAGGCAAGGUUCCUAUCAACAUGCCGUUUCGCGCCGAUUCGAGUGUGACAGAGAACAUGCUCUUGAGCGGAGACAAGAUCAGGGGCCUAAAGGACAGCGUAAAGGAAGUCGCGCAAUGGUAUGUUGAAUUGAAGAAGAAAGAAGAUAAAGGGAAUCUAUAA